AUGGGAAUAACAUCUUUCUUAGAUAGCAAGAACAUGAAACCAGGAGACAAUCUCGAUCAUCAUAUAGACAAAGGAAUAAUUGGUUGUAAGAUCGGCGUUGCAGUCUUCUCUCCUCAAUACUGCGACUCGAAAUUCUGUCUCCAUGAGCUCGCUCUUCUCAUGGAGACAAAAAAACGAGACAACGUAACGUGUUCUGAGAAAGAGCUUCGAAGGUUCAGAUUUGCAUUAGCUCAAGCUAAAAACACGGUUGGCUUAACCUUUGAUUCAUUCAAUGGGGAUUGGUCAGAACUAUUAAAGGAUACUACAAAUGCAGUGGUUAUGAACUUGUGGGAGGUGGGGAGGAAAAAUGAGUAA